CAACUAGCAUUUAUAGCAUCUAAGCUGAUUUUACGGUGCUAAGCCGAAGUUUCACUCCGUUUCAAUAAUCUUUAAAGUAACUUUAUAUUAUAUUUUGCGUAUUGAACGUUAAGGCGAUCAAGACAGUGAAUUUUGAUCAGAUCGCCGUGAACUGUGUACAAGGUAAUCGGUGUUCUUGAGUCGUAUUAUCAGUAAAUCUAGUAGAACUCUUUUAACAUAUUGACGAAGUUUUUAGUGUGAAAACAAUCAACAAAGGAACAGGAUUUACGUUGAAAUACAUCUCACCGUCUUCAUUUUUUGUCAAUAAUUCAGCUUACCGAGCAGAAUAUUUAGACCCCCCGCCGCCAGACGAUAUUUCUCUCACCCUGGAUAGUUUCGAUACAGAUCCAGAUCUAAGGAUGACUAGCAUGGCUUAUCCCCCGGUCUCAGCUCACGCCAUGCAAGGACACAAGAUGAAUUCCUAUUCAGUCAACGGCAUCAGUUUAUCUGCACAUCAUAAUGUAGAUUUACUACACCCGGCUAUGGGUUCCAUGGGAUCGAUGGGCUCUAUGGGGUAUCAAGGUAUGACCAACAACCCGAGAAAACAGAGACGUGAAAGAACCACAUUUACCCGAGCUCAGCUUGAUGUAUUAGAAUCCCUAUUUCAGAAAACUCGCUAUCCCGAUAUCUUUAUGAGAGAAGAAGUUGCAUUAAAAAUCAACCUUCCUGAAUCUAGAGUACAGGUUUGGUUUAAGAAUCGCAGAGCUAAAUGCCGACAACAACAAAAGGCCGUUGAACAAAAAAAUAAACAACAACCUGCCUCACAGAACAGUCCCAACCCACCUCCACCAAGCUCUCCAAAGAAGGUUAAAGUCAGCCCCCCACCCAGUCCUCCUUCUCCAGUCAGCUAUAAACCACCAGUAGUUAGUACUACUCCCCCGAAUGGUAUGAACUCUUCUUCUAUCUGGAACCCAGCCUCAAUUACAGGAAUGAAUGAUUUGAUGAACACCAAUAGCUGUAUGCAGAGAUCAGGCUAUACACUAUCAAACGGACAGAAUCAUAAUUACAGUCACCAAGGUUACAACCAUUCGUCUUAUUACGGUAACAUGGACUAUUUUACUCCCAUGCAGAUACCUGUUAUGAACCACAAUCAAAUGUCCAACGGUAUGACAGCAAAUUCGAACAACAACCAGUAUGGAUCUUACAGCUCUCUCUCUACCAACCAAAGUCUGCAACGUAACGAUUGUCUGGAUUACAAGGAGUCGACAUGGCCCAAAUUCCAAGUUCUUUGAAAACUACAUUAAGCUUCACUCAUUGGUAAAAGAAGACAAUUUAUAAAUUAAUGAAAUGCGAUACCGUCAUGAAAUAAAAUGGCGAUCAACGUGGAACUAUGUUAUCGAAGUGAUAUCGCCGAGUGAGAAACUGGUACAUAAAGUUAGAACAGAUCAGCAUUAGACUUUAAACAAGACGUCCGUAUUGAUGAGAUUAUCGAUGUAUUUUAUAUAAUAUAUUCUACCCCUUCCCCUACUGCCAUAUCUAUUCCCCACCUCAGUCUUAUUAUACGAAAAUAAUAAUAACCAGAGCACUCAGUAUUUCAUUCCAAUAAUACGAAACUACAGGAGACCAACGUUACCUAAAGGUGCAAUCAGGGAUUGGGCUGGCCAUCCGCUUCAUUGUGCUAAAUAUACAGAUGGAAAGAAUGGUUCAGCCAAGUGAAAGCAUAAUAAUACAAGAUGUGGAGAGCAAAGCUUAUUGAAUGACAGAAAGAACGAACGAACGAAUGAAAACCCCUCAGCCGACUUAUUGUAGUAUAACCCCAAGUCGGUUUUUUAUUUAAGUUUGUAAAUACUCAUUGACUUAAAGUUGUUUCGUUGGAAACGAAACAUUGUGUAACACGUGACAUUUAUGUAUGGAAAAUGUAUAAACGAACUACAUGUAUAGACGUACUAUUUUGUAAGGCUGUGAUACGGAAAUGUAUAGACAAAUUUUUAAAAAGUAAUGAAUUAAGAACCCUCACAUAUUUUUUUUUCUAUCGAAAACUGAAUAACGUCACAUUCUAAUUUUUAGAAAUUUGAUAACAAGUAUUCACUAUCUUAUUUAAAGAUGUAUUACAAGUAUUUACUUUAGUAUUUAAUAACAAUGAAUUGAAUAAAAGUUAAUACAAUGUUUGACUAUUUUAUUUAAAUAUUUGGAUUACUUUAUUUAAAGAUUUAAUACAAGUAUUGGUAACUUGAUUUAAAGAGACACAGGCUGAAUUAUAUAAUAAAUUUUGAAAAAGAUUUAUUUGAAAGAUAAUGAUUAAUUAUAUGGAUAAACUAUAGUAAAACAACGAUUCUAUUAUUAUUAAUAUUAUUAUUAUUAUGUAUAUUUCUACAAAACGUAUUUGUCAUGUGUGAUUGUUUAAUACUAGUAUUUGAUAACAUUGUAACACUUGAGUAUUUUUUUUUGUUUAUUAUUCUAUUUAUAGACUGGUCACGUGGUGUAUAUCUGUGCUCUAUCAUGUAUAUUAUGAAAGUCGAACGGAUCGUACCCGCGUGGUUCGGUUACUUUGGUUUAAAUAAUAAAAAUGUUGUUUAUAUAUAUAA